AGCUAAACUAGGCCCGGGCUGGGCGGGCUAUCCCUUCUCUCUCUGUCCCUGGUGGCUGAGGCAAGGUCUUUGUAAGCACUUCUGAGCCUUUCGGCGAAGUCCCUUUGUUCGGCCCGGUCCGAACCCUGCCUUGGACCAGUGAGCAUCGCGGUCAGAGCCAAGCCCAACCGAACAUCCCAAUCAAAGGCAGCCACCAGCUCCAUCCGCAGCCUGGAAGCACUGCGCCCCCUCCUUCGGCACCUCCUUCUCCUUGUCCCCUCCCCCGCCCGGUCUCCAUCUCCGCAUCCUCCAUCCCUGCUCCCAAAGCCCUUUAUCCCAACACUGGCACUUCCAUCACCUUUGCUUCUGCAAACCUCUCCCCGCCCCCUUUCCGCUCCAUUCCCAGCAUAGCUUCCCACCCACAACAGCUGCCCCCAUCGCGCUCCCCCCAUCUCCUCCCCUAGUCCCCGACCAGCCCCUCACCUCCUUCUGUCCUGCUCUCCCUCCCCAUCCCUCUUUCAUACCCCCUCCCUCCAACUUCUUCCAUCAGUCCCGCCCCCACCCCCCACCCCGUUCCAUUUCCGACUCCAUCCUCCGCUCCGGGAAGAGCACCUCUCCGGGACCUCUGUUGUCCAUCCGAGCCCAUGCCCCGUCCCCCGGGGAUGUUGCGCUGACCACUUGGCCUCUAUGGUCUUGACGCUGCUCUUCUCCGCCUACAAACUCUGCCGCUUCUUCACCAUGUCGGGCCCGGAGCGGCUAUCAGUGCCGGUUCCCAGGAGCACCGGAGGUAGUUGGUGGGCAGUAGGUGGUGGGAUAGCCCGGGAGGUAUCGCCGGGGGCCAACGUAGAGGUGCAGGGAGCCUUGGAGCGGGUGCUGCCCGAGCUGCAGCUGGCUCUGUCGGGGCUCAAGCAGGCGGGCAACCCUGAGGCGGUGGGCGCUGGCCUGUCCGAAGUGUUCCAGCUGGUGGAGGAGGCGUGGGUCCUCCCCACUGUGGGACGCGAGGUGGCCAAGGGGCUGUGUGAGGCCAUCCGCCUGGAGGGUGGCCUCGACCUCCUGCUACAGCUGCUGCAGGCAUCGGAGCUGGACACCCGAGUGCUGGCGGCGCAGCUGCUGGAGCAGAUCCUGGUGGCUGAAAAUAGGGACCGCGUGGCCCGCAUCGGGCUGGGUGUCAUCCUGAACCUGGCCAAGGAGCGGGAACCACUGGAGCUGGAGCGCAGCACCGCCGGCAUCUUGGAACACAUGUUCAAGCACUCGGAGGAGACGUGCCAGCGGUUGAUCGCGGCGGGUGGCCUGGACGCAGUGCUCUUCUGGUGCCGCCGCACAGACUCGGCGCUGCUGCGUCACUGCGCCCUGGCGCUGGCCAACUGCGCCCUGCACGGUGGCCAGGCUGCCCAGAGGCGCAUGGUGGAAAAGCGCGCAGCCGAGUGGCUCUUCCCGUUGGCCUUCUCUAAGGAGGACGAGCUGCUCCGGCUUCACGCUUGCCUGGCUGUGGCCGUGCUGGCCACCAACAAGGAGAUCGAGCGCGAAGUGGAGCGCUCCGGCACCUUGGCCCUGGUGGAGCCCCUCGUGGCUUCCCUGGACCCGGGGCGCUUCGCCCGCUGCCUGGUGGACGCCAGCGACACGCGCCAGGGGCGGGCGGCAGAUGACCUGCAGCGCCUAGUGCCCCUGCUGGACUCCUCGCGCCUGGAGGCGCAGUGCAUAGGGGCCUUCUACCUCUGCGCCGAGGCGGCCAUAAAGAGUCUACAGGGCAAGAGUAAGGUGUUUAGUGAGAUUGGAGCCACGCAGAGCCUGAAGCGUCUGGUUUCCUAUUCCACCAAUGGUACCACAUCAGCAUUGGCCAAGCGGGCACUGCGCCUGGUGGGUGAGGAGGUACCCCGGCGUAUCCUGCCAUGCGUGCCCAGUUGGAAGGAGGCUGAGGUACAGACCUGGCUACAGCAGAUUGGCUUCUCCAAGUACUGUGAGCGCUUCUGGGAGAAACAAAUAGAUGGUGAUCUGCUGCUGCGUCUGACCGAGGAAGAACUGCGAGAUGACCUAGGGAUGGAAUCUGCCAUCACCCGAAAGAGGUUCUCUCGGGAGCUCACAGAACUGAAGACCUUCGCGAACUACGCAACGUGUGAUCGCAGCAACCUUGCAGACUGGCUGGGGAGCCUGGACCCCCGAUUCCGCCAGUAUACCUAUGGACUGGUGAGCUGUGGUGUGGACCGCACACUGCUGCACCGGGUCUCUGAGCAGCAGCUCCAGGAGGACUGUGGCAUCCACAUCGGUUUCCAUCGGGUUCGAAUCCUCACUGCUGCCCGUGAGAUGCUGCAUUCACCCCUGCCUUGCAGUGGCUGCAAGUCCAGCUGUGAGAACCCUGAUGUGUUUAUCAGCUACCGCCGGAACUCAGGCUCCCAGCUUGCCAGUCUUCUGAAGGUACACCUGCAGCUACACGGCUUCAGUGUCUUCAUUGAUGUGGAAAAGCUGGAGGCUGGCAAGUUUGAGGACAAGCUAAUCCAGAGUGUCAUGGGAGCUCGGAACUUUGUGCUUGUACUGUCGUCUGGGGCACUGGACAAGUGUAUGCAGGAUCAUGACUGCAAGGACUGGGUGCAUAAGGAAAUUGUGACUGCGCUGAACUGUGGGAAGAACAUAGUGCCUGUGAUAGACGGUUUUGUGUGGCCCGAGCCUCAGUCGCUGCCUGAAGAUAUGCAGGCCAUACUCAAGUUCAAUGGCAUCAAGUGGUCCCAUGAAUACCAAGAGGCCACCAUUGAGAAAAUCAUCCGCUUCCUGCAGGGCCGCUCAUCCCGGGAUUCCUCUGCUGGCUCUGACAACAGCCUAGAGUGUGCCACCCCCUUGAGCCAGACCUAGAUUCCCUCUUCCCCCUGGCCUUGUCCCAUUAUCCCUGCUCUCCACUAGUCCCUGGUUCUCCCGACCCCUCCCCCAUUUGAAAGAGCUGACAAAGACAGACCCACCUCGACUCUUGAGGUGAGCACGGGAGGCCCCAGUGAUGGAGCCACAUCUUGGGGAGGGGGACUGACGGCCUACUCUUCCCACCCCCACCCCACCCCACCCCCGCCAUGGUGCCCUCUAUAGCAAUGACCUCAGGAUGGGGACAAGCCAAGAAGAAAGGCAAUAGGGAAGAUGAGGUCGGAUUCCUCUCCCUUUCACAAAUGAGGGAAUAGAGCUCGGUGAAGAGGUGGGAGAGACAUGUGGGCUCUCCCUCAGGCUCCAUUAGCUGCUGGUAAUGGACCAUCACACCCUGAGGAAAAAGGCUGGAAGGACUUUAGAGGCUCCCAGGUGAGCCUUUUGUUCUUGGGGCCCAAAAGGCUCAGCUCGGCUCAGGACACCCUUAGGAGCAUGGGGCAUUAACUGAAGCCAUCACCCCACCCUGACUCAGGGCAUCUUCAAGGGCACCAAGCUCUGGGUACCCAUGGGAAUCUCACCAGGUGGGCUCUGGUGCCCUCUAAUGGGAGGCUGAGAAAUGGCAGCUAUGCCUCCCGGCUUGCACUAAUUUACAUGGCUCUUUAAGGUUGCCUUCCAAAGAAGAUAGGUAGGGCACCUUUUCUCAAAAGAAGAAAGUGCAAUUCCAAGAACUUUGGUGACUUGCCCUCCACUCACUCAACUCGUAAGUGGAAAAGCUGGGAAUCAACCACGCUUAAGCAAAGCCUGAAAGAAGGCCCUUGAAUGGGGCUCAAUAACUUCUCUUCACCCACUUAGGCCCAAACUGCUUCUGAUGCUCCCUUCCCCUUCCCCUUCUUCCGGUACUGUGAUGGGCACCUCACCUCGCUCCCCUGUGGCCUUCCUUUAUAACCACUCUGUGCUCUUAAUGUUCCCCCUCCUUCCCUUCCGGGCCCCAGGACACUCUCUGCUGGAUAGUGCGGGGAGAUGUAGCCCAAUUUCUAAUUACAGAGCACCGGGCUGGGGUCCACGAGGCCACUCCCUGACUUGGCCUUAAUUCCCAGUUCUCAGGAAGGGGGGUUUGAGAAGGAAACCCCAGCACCACUAGGGGCAGAGUAGGCUCAGGAGCUGCCAGUGCCCCAGUUGGGCACUGGAUAGGAUGGCACAGCAAAAGAUAGUGCCCUCCAAGGGGGCAGAGGAGCUAAAGACAGGGGCUACUCUGCUCAGUAGGAUCUCUUUGCCUAGAAGGGCCAGCUCUAAGCCAAUCAAUCAGCAAGCAUUUAUCUAGUGCCUACUGUGUGCCUGGUACUAUUGUGGCUACAGAGACAAAAAACGAAACACCCCCUAUUUCAAGAAGCUUGGAGAUGUCUCACUGCCUCCUCCCCAUAAUGGGUCAUAGCAUGAUUGGGAUAGAAGAAUCCUGAAAGAUCUAGUCCAGCCCCUUAAAUUUAUUUUUUAAAUGAAUUUAAUUAAUUAAUUUUUCAUUAACAAGCACUUUUUUUUCAUCCUAUACUGCCCCCCCCAUGGGAAAAAAAAACCACCCAACACCAAA